CUGCGCUCGGCGGCGGGCGGCAGUGUGGCACCAUGGCGUCGCUCUUCAGCGGGGCCUUGCAGCUGACGGACCUGGACGACUUCAUCGCGCCGUCUCAGGAUUGCAUCAAGCCCAUGAGGGUGGAUAAGAGGCCGGGAAGUGGCGUAGCCAAGAUCCACGUCGAAGAUGACGGGAGUUACUUCCAAGUCAGUCAGGAUGGAGGGACAAAGAAGCUGGAGAGGGCCAAGAUCUCGCUGGACGACUGCCUGGCGUGCAGUGGCUGCGUCACUUCGGCAGAGACCGUGCUCAUCACUCAGCAGAGCCACGAGGAGCUGCGGAAGGUUCUAGGUGCUAAUAAGAUGGUGGCGCCCGAUCAGCAGAGGCUGGUUGUCAUCUCGGUCUCUCCCCAGUCCAGAGCAUCGCUGGCUGUGAGAUUUCAGCUGAAUCCUACAGACACUGCCAGGAAAUUAACUGCGUUCUUUAAAAAAAUAGGGGCACACUACGUGUUUGAUACCGCCUUCUCGAGGAACUUCAGCCUCCUCGAGAGCCAGUGGGAGUUCGUGCGGCGAUUCCGAGCACAAGCCGAUUCCAAGCAGGCCUUGCCUGUGCUGACUUCCGCCUGCCCAGCAGGUAACAGGGACAUCUUACAAAAUGAGCCAAGACUGCAGUGGUCAGGACCCACACACAGAACUGUGCUCCCAGCCGUGCCUGUGCUGUCACCCCCGCCUCAGCCUUUGCUGCUGGGGCCAGGCAGCUGCACCACUGCCGUGUUCUCCACGCAGCAUUUGACCCCCGACAAGAUCUACCACGUGACGGUGAUGCCCUGCUACGACAAAAAGCUGGAAGCCUCCAGACCCGACUUCUUCAGCCAAGAGCACCAGACACGCGAUGUGGAUUGUGUCAUCACAACAGGAGAAGUCUUCAAGCUGCUGGAAGAAGAAGGGGUCUCGCUGUCAGAGCUGGAGUCGGCUCCCCUGGACAGUCUGUGCAGCAGUGUAUCUGCCCAGGAGCCUACCAGCCAUCAGGGUGGGGGCUCGGGGGGCUACCUGGAGCACGUGUUCCGGCAUGCAGCCCAGGAGCUCUUUGGAAUCCACGUCACUGAAGUCACCUACAGACCCCUGAGGAACAAGGACCUCCAAGAGGUGACUCUGGAGAGGGAGGGCCAGGUCCUGCUGCACUUCGCCGCGGCCUACGGCUUCCGCAACAUCCAGAACCUGGUACAAAAGCUCAAGCGAGGGCGCUGCCCAUACCACUAUGUGGAGGUCAUGGCCUGCCCUGCAGGCUGCUUGAAUGGUGGAGGCCAGCUCAAGGCCCCUGACAUGCCUGGCAAGGAGCUUCUGCAGCAGGUUGAGAGGCUAUACAGCAUGGUCAGGACCGAGGCACCAGAGGACGCGCCUGGAGUCCAGGAGCUGUAUGGGCACUGGCUGCAGGGCGAGGGCUCAGAGCAGGCCAGCCGCCUGCUGCACACAAGCUACCACGCGGUGGAAAAGGCUGGCUCCAGCCUCAGCAUCAGGUGGUAGGAGGCCUCAAGGAUCCACCCGGCCCAACACAGCCAGCACCGGGACUCCCAGGAAGGCAUGUGGAGUCUCCAGCAGGGAAGUCGCCCGAGACCCCAGGGCAUACCCCCAAAAUGCUGGAUGAUAUGUGGGGACAUUGGGACCCACAUAGAGAUGGGACUCAGGACCCCCAGCCAGUAAAGGUGACUUCAAGCCUGUGCUCACCUGGACUCCCCGCUGCAGGGGGCCAGAGGUUCCACCACCUGCUGGAACCUCUCCAUGGGCCCAGAGCCCUAGAGGUGCCCUGACUCCUCCUGGUUGUGGUGGCCUAAGCUGUGAGGGUUUCAGCUCAUCCUGUGGGGAACUUAAGGGAGAGAAAAGGGAGGGUUCCUCAUCCCCCAUUUCUAGAGUCACCUGAAGCUGCGAUGUGGAGGGUGGUGAUAGGCUGGACCUGCCAGGCUGGUCAAGCUCACAGCAGAGCUUGGGGAACCCUGCCACGCUGGGCAGCAGAGGACACUGGCAGGAGACAGGCACCUGGUCCAUGACCCCAGCUGGGGAUGGGUGCUCCCUCCACCUAGAACCAGGUGUUCGAAGAAGCUGCGGUCUCUGGGGCUUGAGAACCUCUGUCUUGGGGGCUGAGUCCAGGUGGGAAGGACUCUUGCUAUCAGGCCUCAGUGGUCUCGCUGGCUGAGUCCUGUGUCCACAGCUGGACCCCCACUUAAGGGGCAGGGGGAGGGCAGAUUGCAUUCAGCCCACCAGGCCUGGCCCCGAAAAGCUCACUUCUAGUAAAGGGGACUCUCUCUGAAACCAGCUUCUCUUCAAGAG